AUGGGAGCCCUAAAGCAGAUGUGGACACGGGAAGAAGAAACAGCUCUUAGAGCUGGAGUACGCAAAUAUGGAGUAGGAAAAUGGGUUUCUAUACUCUCAGAUCGUAAAUAUAGCCCAGCGUUGCAGUCUCGCUCAAACGUAGACCUCAAGGACAAAUGGAGAAAUUUAGAUCUUGGAUCUAGGAGGAAGAGGGCUAAGAUUGCUUUUCAAAACCAGGAUGAGGAAGAUUAUAAUGAUACAGCUCUUGCGAUUGUGGAGGUGGCUAAUGAUGGAGAACAAGAGAUUCUUCCAGCAUCUCCACCUAAUGGUGAUAAUGAAGAACUCUUUACAAGUGUGGAUACAUUUAUAUUGGAGGCUAUUACCAGCUUGAACAAACGUUUGGGUCCAAACAAGAAGUCGAUCGUGCUUCAUGUAGAGGAGAAUAUGCAACCAGGUAAGAGACGGCUUGUGGCUUCAAGACUUAAGCAUUUGGUAAAUGUUGGAACAAUAAUUAGGAAAAAUAACAGAUACAAGAUUUCUCCAACCUAUGCGGCUGCAGAAGCAGAACAAAGCUCUCCUCAACUCUUAUUGGAAGGAAACAAGGAGAAUGGUGUCGAGAAUCAUACUAAAUCCCAAGUAGAUGGAGAAGCAUUUAAGAUAAACGGCAUGACAGAAGAAGAAGCUUCUGCAGCCGUUGCAAAAGCGCUGGCGGAAGCAGAAUUUGCAAGGGUAGAAGCUGAAGAAGCGGCUAAAGAGGCAGAUAGAGCUGAAGCCGAAGCAGAAGCUAUGAAGGAUUAUGCAGAGGCGGUAAUGGAAGUUUGGAAGGAUUCGAUGCGUUGCCAAAGUGGGUAA